UUUGCAAUCAAUGUUGUUUCAACGGCAAUGGCGCAACGUGCCCAGUCCUAUGACUUGCUGCGGCAGCUGUCUGGACAGGUGCUACAAGUGUUCCUGGAAAAUGGAUUUGAGGAACAUUCAGAAUCCACGCAAAGCUUUCUAACUUUCCUCCUCAGCAACAAGCUACCCGAUGGAACCCAGAUUGACCAAUGGCUGGGGCAUGAGAUAGUACCAGAGCAUUUGAAGCGCCAAGUCCUCUUCGGAUUUGCUCAAUGGAUCAGCCUGAGGAUACGAUCAUUGGACGCACUUGUACCCCUCCAAACCAACGCCUUGACGGUUUGUCAUGCCAGAUUACAAAAUCAUAUCGCAACGCCUCAAACACUACAGGUGCCAGUCACUUCCGUGAGGGCUCAAAGUGUCAUGAGAGAUUUCAUUUAUCAGGUGGUCCUGCAGUUACUGGGAUCAGAGUUUUCUUGCUUUGCUAGUGCCUUGGCUGUGCUGUCUGAGUCGUCGGAUUUGGCUGAGCACCCAGCCAUGCUGCUGUCCCACCUGGUCAAGCAACUGGAGCACUGCCGAGCGAAGGUUGUCCAAGUUGCUUUCGAACUUACACCAGAGCAAAGAACCGAUAGAACCGAUAGAACCGGAUCAAGUCUUGGACUUGUCAUGUCGAUGAUCAUGCAAUUCUGUCGUUACUUUACCGUUGAGUUCAAGUCAGAGGCUAAUCAUGUGUGGCACCACCUGCUUGAGCAUGAAACAUGCGGAGACAUUUUCCAGCAGUCUCCAUUUAGAAUUAAUUUGAUUGAUUCGUAUGGUAGCUUACUGGUGAUGUUGCUGCACGUGGAGAGACUUCACAAGGCGGACUUGCUGGUGGCAGUUGACUUCGAAGGUGUCAAGCUAAAUCGCUCAGGUCAACUCUGUUUAGUUCAGAUUACCCUCAGCGACAUGCCCAGUUGUGUGUACAUGCUGGAUGUUUACGUUUUGCCUCUAGCAAUGCACUUUGCAACUCCAAGUGGCACUUCUCUAAAAGCGAUCUUGGAAGACCCUGCACUUCUGAAGAUUUGGUUUGACCCCCGCAAUGAUGUUGAUGCCUUAUAUCAUCAGUUCGGCAUUGUGUCCCAACAUGUCUUCGAUUUGCAACUAGCAGACGUGGCAGUACGGAGAGCAAAAGGCUUGCAGGUGAACUUCGUACCGAGCUUGCAGAAGUGUUUGACAAGCUGCGAUCGCUUGGGCCGAAUGCAAAAGACUUUUGCGGACUUCAUCAACAAAACGGGGAAGCAGCUCUUUGAGCCUGACCACGGUGGACGCUACGAAGUGUUUCAACAAAGACCACUGCUUCCUGACCUUCUUGUUUAUGCUGCUCAUGACUGUAGAUACAUGCAACUGCUCUACCAAUGGUACUGCGAGAAUCUGUCAGAUGAGUGGAACCAAAGAGUUCUUGCAGGUAGCCGUUCGCGUGCGCAGUGGUUUGCACACCGAAAGUAUCAGCGCCCAUCCACCGAUGCGCCGGACUUCUAGAAAUGCAAAUGUGCAGAUACAGAGCCGACACAUCACUGACAUGAGGCAACACGAGGAGGAAACAUGAGGUAACAUGAG